CUUCCGGUCUCCGCUUCUCUUAGAAAGGAAAAUGGCGGCUUUCGGACGCGUCUCUCAAAUGUUGCUGAGGUCUUACUUGACUCAGGUCCGGCGUCAGCUUUCCGCUGCUGCUGCUGGUGGACAUGGCGAAAAGUCAGCCAAGACAUGGAAGAUGCUGACUUUCCUGGUUGCCCUUCCUGGUGUUGGGGUGUGCAUGUUGAACACGUUCCUGAAAGCGCAGCAUCAUAGCCAUGAGCAGCCAGAGUUCGUCCCCUAUUCUCAUCUUCGCAUUCGCUCAAAGCGUUUUCCUUGGGGAGAUGGCAACAAAACCCUUUUCCACAACCCACAUGUGAAUGCAUUGCCUGGUGGCUAUGAGAGCCAUGAGUAAACCCUCACUCCAGACCUCAUAACUGGUGCAGGGACCAGUUAGUGUAUGUUACAGGACCACACUCCCGUUCAUAGUUUACUUUUUUCAUUUUUGUGUUUACCUCUGUGCUCUCAACACAGAGCACCUGAAACAACAUUUCCUUUGCUCUGGACCAUUAAACAAAAUGUCCACUUAAACUGAAUUAACACAAAUAAAGUAGCUGUUAUUACCUCA